AUGGGCACAACCAGCCUGCACCUCCCCAUGACUUGCCUUUCCCUGUGCCUUGCCCCCUGUGCCCUGACACCCUGUGCCCUGCCUCCUGUGUACUGCCCCCGUGCACUGCCACGCUGUGCCCUGACAUCCUGUGCCCUGACACCCUGUGCACUGCCCCCCUGUGCCCUGACUCCCUGUGCCCUGACUCCCUGUGCCUGCCCCCUGUGCACUGACACCCUGUGUCCUGCCCCCCUGUGCCCUGCCUCCCUGUGCCCUUCCCCCUGUGCCCUGCCCCCUGUGCACUGCCCCCCUGUGCCCUGCCCCUGUGCCCUGCCUCCCUGUGCACUGCCUCCCUGUGCCCUGCCUCCCUGUGCCCUUCCCCCUGUGCCCUGCCCCCUGUGCACUGCCCCCCUGUGCCCUGCCCCCUGUGCCCUGCCCCCUGUGCCCUGCCCCCUGUGCACUGCCCCCCUGUGCCCUGACACCCUGUGCACUGCCUCCCUGUGCCCUGCCCCCUGUGCACUGCCCCCUGUGCCUGCCCCCUGUGCCUGCCCCCUGUGCCCUGCCCCCCUGUGCCCUGCCUCCCUGUGCCCUGCCCCCUGUGCCCUGCCUCCCUGUGCCCUGCCCCCUGUGCCCUGCCUCCCUGUGCCCUGCCCCCUGUGCACUGCCUCCCUGUGCCCUGACACCCUGUGCCCUGCCUCCCUGUGCCCUGCCCCCUGUGCCCUGCCUCCCUGUGCCCUGACACCCUGUGCCCUGCCCCCUGUGCCCUGCCCCUGUGCACUGCCCCCCUGUGCCCUGACACCCUGUGCCCUGCCUCCCUGUGCCCUGACACCCUGUGCCCUGCCAUAUGGCAGCUCCCAUGCCAUACCAUAA